GUAGGGGUUUGCUUAAUUGAGGUUCAAUUCUGGGUGGAAACCUCACAGGGAAUUCACCAGAAGCCCGCAUGGUUGGAAUCACUCAACAACGAGAAGUUCUUCGCUCCCUGCCCAUACCACGAAUCUGCCAAGAAGAACGAGAAGAACGUAUGUUGCCUCGAUUGUUGCACCAGCAUCUGUCCUCACUGUGUCCCCACUCAUCGUGCUCACAGAUUGCUUCAAAUUCGUCGGUAUGUCUAUCAUGAAGUUGUGAGGCUGGAAGACCUCGAGAGGCUCGUGGACUGCUCGAACGUUCAGGCCUACACCAUCAAUAGUGCCAAAGUGGUGUUCAUCAAGAAAAGACCCCAAAACAGGCAAUUCAAAGGGUCGGGGAAUUAUUGCACUUCAUGUGAUAGAAGCCUCCAAGAACCUUUCAUUCAUUGCUCCCUUAGUUGCAAGGUGGAUUUCGUGCUAAAGCAUUACAUGGACUUGAGCCCAUUCCUAAAGAAGUGCAAGACUUUAGUACUAGGACCGGACUUCUUGAUCCCUCAGGACAACAUGGGAGACGUCGACGACAUGAUGACCAACUCCGACGAGCCGGCGAUGAGCUGGUCGUCCGGCUCCGACGGCGGUGGUUCCGGGUCGUCGUCGUCCUCGGGGUCCGAGAACAUGAUGAUGAGCAGCAUGAUGAUGAUGGCACCGCCGUGUCCCGACAAGAUCGUGCGCAAGAAGAGAAGCGGGUUGAUCUACGUCUGGUCUAGAUCGUCGCCGACGAACUACGACGGCGACCACCACGGCCACAAUCAGGACUACCAUCAUAAUAGAGUCUCCGACGAGGACAUGGCCACCAGCUUGAGCCGGCGGAAAGGCGUCCCUCAACGAUCUCCUUUGUGUUAGCAAACUACGGAAAGAGGAA